AUGUUUAAAGCUGAUGGAAGUAAUCAACAUCAAAUCAGUUAUCAAACAAUUGCAACUCGAUUGUAUUUACUCGUUCUUCUCAUUACACUUAUUAUAAUUAGUCUUUAUUUAUUAUUAAAUGAAGAUCUUCAACAAAAAACAAUUCAUCAACCAUCGGAGUUUCAAUAUAAAGAACUUGAAAAAAUUUAUUCUUUAAGUCUUUAUUGUCCAUGUUCAACAGUUUCAAUGAAUUAUUCAACUUUUAUUACGAUUGAACCUUACUUUCACCAAGUAUGUUCAAGUGAUUUGAUAUCAGAUGCAUGGAUUAACUAUGUCAAGGGUGACAAUGUCAUGAACGAUUAUGCUCCAAUAUAUGACUAUCUAAAUUCUGGUGUAUUCUACUUUCAGCUAUUGUCAUUGUUAUGUCAACAUGCCCAACAAACAGUUAAUAUUAGUAUCAAAGCAUUUGUUCAAACACAAUUUCUUUCUUCACAAGUUAUUCCUCAAAAUCGAUUUGAAACUAAAGUUAAUUCAUCUAUUAAUGAUUGGAAAUCUCAAACUAUCGAUCAAUUUUUAGAAACAAUAAAAAUAUUUCAAGCUGUAUCACAUGUAAAUCGACUUAUGAGUGAACAGUUUCAUUAUUAUAUUCCUUAUAUAGGUUCGAAUGAUACAAAAACAAACCUUGAAGUAGUAGAAUAUUUCAAUUGUUCAUGUACUUUAUCUUCAUUAUGUUUUAUUCCUCUUGGCAUCUACAGUAGCGAAAUAGAUUAUUUGGAGCUUCCAGAAAUGGCUGUCAGAGUCCCAAAUCUGUUUCUGGGUUGUUCUUCAAUCGAAGGAUUAAUGAAAUCAACUUUAGAAUGUUUUUAUAAUAUGUCAUGUAUGAUAGAAUUAGAUGGAAGCUUGCUUGUUCCUCCUGGAGCAGUUUUUUAUUUUUCAAAUUUAAAUGAAAAUCUUAGUCCACCGAAUGAAACAAUUGAAUCAAUUAUCAAUAAACUUAUGAUUGAUUCUUGGACAUUGAAUAUUUCAUUUUCUUCAUAUUAUAAGACAUGUUCUCCAGCAUCAUGUACAUAUGAAUUUCUUAGUCGAAAUGAUUUAUUCGUUGUUAUAACAACAAUUCUCAGUAUUUUUGGUGGUUUAUCUCUUGGAUUAAAACUACUUACUUUAAUUAUUCUUCGAUUUAUUGAGAAAAUAGUUAAUAAUAAUUCUUUUAAUGAAUUUACAACAAUGAUAAAAAACUUAUUUGUUUGUAAUACUGAGCAACGUCUUGUUAAUCGACUUCAUUUGGUUUUUCUUUUACUAACAUUAUUUUUUAUAUUUACAUUUUCUGCUUUUAAACCCAAAUCAAUUACUGUCCAAAUACUGAAGCCAUCACUUUCAAAGUAUAAAGAUUUAUUACAAGAUCAUUCUGAUUCUCUUCAGUGUUCUUGUUCACAAAUAUCUAUUCUAUAUGAAACAUUUCUUUCGAUUGAACCUCAUUUUCAUGAUUUAUGUUUAAGUCAAUUUAUUUCUGAUGAAUGGAUUCAUUAUAUUUAUGGUGAAGGUAAUCUUUCUCGUCGAUUUUCAUUCGAUGAUUACCGUUAUUCAGCUCCCGGACAAUUCCUUUCACUUUCUUCUCUUUGUAAACUUAGUCAAGAAAAAGUAAAUCAUACCCUUUCGCUAUUUCUGACAAGUUAUUUUAUUAAUUCUCAGCUUUUAUCUGAAAAUCUUUUAAUUGAGCAGAUUGAAAUAAUUCUAAAUCGACUGCAAUCAACUGCGUCUAAAUCAUUUCUUAAUAUUUUUAAUUUAAUUCGUGAAGUAAUUGGUUCAAAUAUGAUUAUGAGUGCAUGGAUCACUAAUUGGGAAUAUGUUCCUGAAACUACAUUUUCGCCUGGUCUACCUGUACGUACAGCACCUAUAGGCUAUGGUGAAUGUAAUUGUGGAUUAUCAUUUAAAUGUACUCAACCAUCAGGAGGUAUGAUGAGUGGUUGUUAUCCACUUGAAUCUAUUCUUCAAACAAAACUUCACUGUUUUUAUGAUCAAAACUGUAUUGAUUCAAAUGGAAAUUUUAAAAGAUUAAAUAUGUCAACGUUGGAAAAAAGUCAAUUUAAUUUAAAUUCAACAAUCAAAUCAAUUUUAAAUAAUUUAAUGGUUGAAGAUUAUAAAAGUGAUUUAUCAUAUGAAGAUUAUUUUAAUCAAUGUAAACCAUUAUCAUGUUCAUAUUUUUAUAUCAAAACUCAUGAUAUAAUUCAAACAAUAUUAUCUCUCAUUUCUCUUUAUGGUGGAUUAGUUCUUAUAACUCGUUGUUUAGCAAUUAUUUUAGUGAAAAUUUAUCAAUAUAAAAGAAAUCGAAUUAAUCCUGAAGUUCUUCAACAAAAUAUUUAA